AUAUUCAGAAUAUUGCGAAGCUAAUCGAAAACUUCAGAAAUGGUUAAAGACAUUGACCUACCGGACUCAACGGUUCUCAUCAAAUUCCAUGGAACAUUUAUGAUCAUCGCAUGGAUCCUAUUCUCAUCGGUUGGCGGAACGGUGGCGAGGUAUUUCAAGAAAACAUGGGUAUCGGAGCGGUAUUUUGGCGGAGACGCGUGGUUUCUGUACCAUCGGGUGUACACGUUCUUCACGUGGCUGCUAACAUGCUGUGGCUUCAUCCUCAUCUUCAUCGACAUGGACGGGUGGCAGGAUCAUGCCCACGCCGUUGUGGGGCUGAUUGCUUUCAUCCUGUGCUUCCUACAGCCCAUAUUUGGAGCUGUCAAUCCGCCGGAAAAUGCUCGAAAAAUCGUCCGCAUGGUGCACGUCGUUUCCGGUCACUUGGCAUACAUUUUGGCAGUAACCAACAUGUUCCUAGCGGUGGGCAUGUCUACGGCUAAACUGCCGGAUUCCAUGUACGGUUUACUCGGUGCAGCCGUAGGGUUUCACUGUGUAAUUCAUGCCAUGUUCAAUUUUCUGGAGUACAAGUCUAUGAAGAGAGGGCUCCCAGAGGAUCCAACGAAGGACGCUUCGUUUUCUCGAUGGCGGAAAGUGACACUAAUGGCGCAAAUGAUCGGACUAUUCGCCGUCACGGUGGCUCUCGUUGUCCUGGUGUGGCUAGCAUGAUGAAAUGCCAAAAUGCAGCGAAGGACCGCGUGACGUCGUUGUUGUGGGAGAUGCCGAAACUUUGUGAUAAGAAUUCAGUAUUUCUUCAAGCACUGUGAUUAUAUAUUAAGUGGUUAUUUGUUUGGAGGUACCUCAUUGUUUAGUGACGAUUGCAUUGAUACGCACUCGUGAGUCGAUUAAGAGAUAAGGAAGAAACGAUUUACGACGACCGUU